AGUGAUUUCCGGUUCCGCCUACGUACAACAGCGGUCCCGGUCCCGAUGCGUGCACCUCGUAAAGAUGGCGGGGUCUUGGUGGAGGGUUUGUGGGAGGUGGAGUACAAGCUGUACGAGCACGAAUGUCUCCGACACCCUGCGGUGUUUUAGCGGUAUGUCUACGGGCGCCUCCGGGUCUGGUUUGAGCCGGGCGUCCUGGAGCUCCGGCCCGGGGAACGAGAGAAUGCCUUUGCUAUCUGCACAGACCCACUCCACUGCUCUCCAUCUACAUCCGUUAAUAAUCAGACAGAACUCAAGGUUUCUGUAUCCCACACUGUCCUGCUGUUGCAGGGCGACACACAGCGAUGUAAAGCUCAAAGACCCUUUUAUGUUAGCCCAGAAAGACUUGAAAUGCUUAUACGAUGACAUCAAAAAGGAGAUGUUUGUAUCCAAACAAGAACUGAAGCAUCUGUGCGACUACUAUUUUGAUGGCAAGGGAAAGGCCAUUCGACCGAUUAUAGUCAUCCUGAUGGCUCGUGCUCUGAACAUCCACAGCAACCAAGCUGGAGAUCUCCUCCCAGGACAAAGGGCAAUAGCUAUGAUUUCCGAGAUGAUUCACACUGCAAGCUUGGUGCACGAUGAUGUAAUCGAUGGAUCGGAUGAGCGAAGAGGAAAAAGAUCAAUUAAUGAUGUCUGGGGGGAGCGAAAGGCUAUCUUAGCAGGAGAUUUCAUCCUGUCAGCGUCCACUAUGGUUUUAGCUCGGAUCGGUAACAGCACAGUGAUCAAAUUGCUCUCACAGGUGAUAGAAGACCUGGUGCGAGGCGAAUUCAUGCAGCUGGGCUCCAAAGAGAACCAAAACGAGAGAUUCAAACACUACCUUGAGAAAACCUUCAAGAAGACGGCGAGUCUAAUAGCGCACAGUUGUAAAGCAGUUUCUCUUCUGGUAAACUCGGACCCAGAUGUUCAUGAAAUAGCCUACCAGUACGGCAAAAACGUUGGCAUCGCCUUUCAGCUCGUGGACGAUGUUUUGGACUUCACAUCAGGAGCCAACCAGCUGGGGAAACCUGCAGCUGCUGACCUGAAACUGGGUUUAGCGACUGGACCGGUUCUGUUUGCGUGUGAGCAGUUUCCUGAGCUUCAUGCAAUGAUCAUGAGACGUUUCAGCUCCAAAGGAGACGUGGACCGAGCCUGGGAGUUUGUCCUUCAGAGUGACGGCGUGCAGCAGACCACCUUUUUGGCCCGGCGGUACUGUGAUGAAGCCAUCAGACAUAUCAGUUUGCUCCGGCCGUCCCCCGAGAGGGACGCCCUCAUCAGGCUCACGGAGAUUGUGCUCAGCAGAGACAAAUAAACCUCCGCCACUCGCCUUCUCCUCAGGCAGCUGCAUCAUGGAAGAGGAACCAGCUCCGUUACGCCUGACCAAACGCACCUGGGGGUGGACUAGACGUCCAGGAGGAGCGCUGAGUAUCACUGUACGACUCAAAAAGGCCCAGAAUCGGCACCAAACAUGGACUUACAGGGACGUCGGCCAUUUUUAAGUGUUAAUGUAGAAGUUACUUAGUUUUCUGAACUCUAACCGGAGUGAUGAGCUAACGGCUAGUCCAAACUAGUGUAGCAGCCAUCUUUAAAAAAAAUAAACUCAGUGCUUGAACAUUUUGCAGCUUUUUUCCUCAACACUGUUUACAAGCUAAAUGCUAAAUGUAGCACUUCCUGUGCAGGUUUUCUUUUUGUUGCCAGUGACAAUAUGAACUAUGAAAUUCUGUUGGUCUGUCUUGGCUGCUCAGACUAGCCGUUAGCUCAUCAGCCUGGACAGAUGGGAUCCGUUUUUGUACCACGGGUGAGCUAGUUUCCAUUUUUAUUCCACAGAAAAACACUUGAAAAUGUUUGGAAAUCCUCGUUAAUCUUAUUGUGAAAUAUGUUUGGCGUUAUGGUUUGUAAUGAUGCAGUUUGGUGUUAUGAAACGGCACUGACCGGGUCACCUUAAACCUUUACUGUCAGCACUGUAAGUGGCGUCUCGGAUUGGCUAGCAGAGCUGGACGUGAGGUCCGUCCACGUCGCGAAAGGCCAAACAUUUGUGUUCUUGUAUCAACCUUGGCCUUAUCAAUAACAUUUUAUUAAAAUCUUUUUAUCUCCAGAAAAACA